UGAAAAUCCAAACAGAUGAUGCGUAUCUCUUACGCUUUUUAAGAGCCUCCUGCUUUGACCACGAGGAUGCAUUUACUCUUAUUCAUAAAUAUUUCGAGAUGAAAGCAGACGAGAGGAACAAACAAUUGUUCAGCAACAUGCGGCCGAGUUCCAUUAAGCAUGUGCUUGAAGCAGGUGUAACAGGAGAAUAUUUUCAUCGUGAUAAACUUGGCAGAAGAGUAUUAGUUUUAAGACCAGGGAAAUGGGAUACCAGUAAAUUUUCUAUUACAGACAUUUUCAAAACUAACUUCAUGACACUCUUCAAGUUUGUUGAGGAAGAAGAGACGCAGAUAAAAGGUGUUGUCACGCUUUUUGACAUGAAUGGUGUAGGAUUUGGUCAGAUGACUCAUCUGUCUCCAUUCUUUGCAAAACGUAUCACGGCUUUAUUACAAGAGAGUUUUCCAAUGAGAUUGAAAGCUAUGCACUUCGUUAACGAGCCUGCAGUUUUUGAUUAUUUAUUUGCUAUUCUCAAACAGUUUAUGAGCAAAGAAACGAUUGAUAAGAUAAAGGUACAUGGACACAACCUGGAAGAAUUAGCUGAAUAUUUUGAUGUAGAACUUUUACCAGAGGAAUACGGAGGGAAAGGCCAAAAGUACUCCAAUGAGCGAUGGAUGAAGACUCUUUUGGCUUGUGACGCGGAGUUUGAUGCUGAAGCACAAAAUAGCCUUGUUAAGGUUCCUGCAAAAGAUGCUACCGGAACAUACAGGAAAAUAGAUUCUUAGAUUGUCACUUAGCAUAUGAACUAUACCUUAAAAUUCAAUUAACUAUUAUAAAGAACAUUUCUUCAAAGAAUAUUUGAUUUACGUUAUUCAUAGUGCGUAUUUUUGUCAUUGGUAUUGGUAUUGUGUAUCUUCGUUGAAUAUCAUGUAGUUAAGCAAGUAGUUUCUACUUAAUAGGCUCUGUGAAAAAUGGGGUUUUCAAGCUUAUCCGGGGUGAGAAACAAACUUUAACAAUUUCGAAAAUCGAAUAAUUUUAAUGAAGUUGACUUAUUAAUUGUGAACGGUCGUGCACUUUGAAGCUAUGGAUACAAAAGACCGGUGGGGACAUUUCAACUUCAUGAACUUAUGAUUCCAACUUCAUGAAUUUAAAAUUCCAACCUCUUGAAGUCACGAUUUCAACUUCACAAAUUUACUUUUUGAACAUAUUAUAUUCAAAAGUAAUUUGUGUUUCUUCUAUUAGGCAGACGAUUUAUUUAAGAAAACUUUAGCUUAAAUAUUGAAGUUAUUUUAUUCUUACAAAAGAUUCAUAUUUUCCUAAGCGAAUUAUGUUAAAAGGGAGUUAAGGUAAUUUUACAUUUUAACAAUUUCCAUUUCUAAAAUGUAAUUAUUCAAAGUUGUGGAGGACGUUAAUCUAGAACACUUUUUUCCUUCUUUGUCUUUAUAAAGAAGCCAUCUUGGAUUUUGAUUUUGGGAGCAGUCAAUAUUCAAGAGGAUAUGGUUGUCAGGAGAGGUCAUUUUUUUUAUCAUAAAUCAUAUUUUAAUUUACAAUUACUUUACUGGAUCAAUCCUAUAGCUUUUUAUUAAUCUCGUACCACUGUAGUAUAUGAUAUGUAAAACAAUGACGUUAUAGUAGUAAUAAAAGACAACAAACUAAUAAAUUAUUCAUAUUUUAUUAUCAAAACAUUGACAUUUUGAUAACAGUAAUGAUACAAUAACUCUUCAAUAGCCAUAUGGAAAAGACACAUAACCAUCUCUUACUCUCAUAUCACAAAUUUACUUUAAAUAGACAAAGAAGGAAAAAAGUGGUCUAGAUUGACGUCCUCCGCUACUAUUCAAGCGCCAGCCCCGACUUCGAUUAUAGAGAUCCUUUUUGUAAAUACAAGCAUGAUCGUAUAUUGAAAAUCGAGAUAUUUUUGUCGUGUUCUCAGAUUUUACAGAUGUUCAAAGAUGAUUGUUAAGGGCUUACCUAGAUAAAUUUAGUUAAUUUAAAACAUGAAAA